GUUUUAUAAUGCGAUAAUGUAAAAGGAAGUCAAUACUGUUUAAAGUCAAAAUUAAUAUAUUCAAUUACAAAAAAUCCACCCUUUAAUAGAUAUAAAACAUACAGUAAGCUAAAAAAAUCUGUUGUAGAGAUUGUUAUAUUUGUGAUAUUUGCGUGACACCGGUGUGAAAUUUCCCUCCCAAGCAACUUUAAGUUCUCUCUUCGCAAGAAGAAUGUUCCUUGGCCAUGGAAAACAGUAAAAGCAAGCUAUAAACAUAAAAGGAAACAAAAUGGUUUUUGUAUUCAGAUUGGAUAUCAGAAAGGGAGGGACUAAAAGAAUGAGGGGAAAUAAAACAGCAGAGAAUUGGAUAAAUCAGCUUCUGGACCAAUUUGGAUCUUUGCGACCACUACUGUAGUGUCUUCCAUAAAAACAAAUAGAUAGAAAAGUACAAAAAAAAGUCAUAUAUCAUACAUGACACACUAUAUAAUUAAAAAUCUGAGCGUGACGAUAUUCUAAGGAUAAUAUUUGUCUUCCUCAAGUUUAUAUAAUGGUACCAUGUAUGAUGUGCAGGAAGUCCAGAUCACUGUAAUAAUGAUGUAGUAAAACCUGUGAAGGAAUUGAUGCAACAAAUACACACACAUGUCGAAUCUGCGUGCAAAGACACAACGUUAUCCGGAAAUAUGCACGCGUUACCCACGAAAGCGAAACUGGAGGGAUGUGUAAACUUCUCCAGUAAUACUCCACAACUGGGAGAAAGCCCGCAGAGUAGCGGCGAAGUCAUCAGCAGUCCGAGGAGUCCCGAUUACCCACCGAGAGUCUCCGUCAGUCCUCAUCCUCACAGUCCCGACACAUUUUCCAUCGGCUUGAUGUCGGCGAACUCAACGGUCAUCAUGGACACAGCAAAGUACGAAGAGGACAGCGCUGAUAGUGUGGCCAUGCACAAGGAUAAGGUGACGGAGUACUCAUUUUGCACAUUGCCAGAAAAGAUCGGCAAUUCGCAAACCGAGAUCAGAAAGACAGAAUCGAGCGAGGAGCAGGACGAAAAAGUCAUAAACACAAACAUAAAAAUAGAACCGAUUGAAUCUAAGGAAGAACCAGUGGAUUCUCCGGAAAAGCUUCAAGUUCCGGUCAAAGUGGAGUGGAUGAAGAACGAGUCCUCGAAGAUAUCUCAAGAGAAACUCGCGGAUUCUACUUCGAGUUCUAAUCCGUCAUCAAGUUCGCACUCGAAAACUUCCUCUUCGAAAGAGAAACGUUCGAAGGACGACAGACGAUAUUGCUCGCGGUGUUACAAGAGAAAGAAUAUAAAGAGAGCAAGCAUCGGUGUGCAAUGCAAAAGGGACCGUCACAUGUUGUCUUUGAGCAACAAGGUUUUUUCCUCCAAGUCUUCUGUCAGUGAUAACGUGAGGAUGAAUCUACAAGCGAAGAAUUACAAGAUGCUCACCAGUCCAUUGGUGCAGGGCGAACUGUUUGAAGGCCUAAAGUACAAGAAGUUUAUUCACAUAGAAAUUUAUCCCAACGGCGGCGCGUCGGUGGUCCACAUGUUUCAGGAUGAAAUCGACAAUUUGUCGCGUGAACAGAUGGAAGAGUUGGUGCACGAAUAUUUUAAGGUGGUAUUUGGUGAAGACGAAAAUGGAAACGCUUAUCACGUUAUGGGCAUAGUUCACAAUGCGGCCGCGUAUCUGCCCGAUCUUUUAGAUUACAUGGCGACCAAUUAUCCCACGUUGACCGUGAAAAACGGAGUGUUGGGUAGAAGCAGCGACAUAGAAACAACCACAAUGGCUCAAUACAAAGACCAAGUUUGUAAAGCUUAUAGCAAUGGCACCAUUAGAUAUGGACCGUUGCAUCAAAUAAGUCUCGUGGGCACCGUUCACGAAGAGGUCGGCGGUUACUUCCCGCAUCUACUGCAAAAGUUAGAAGAGAAUCCAUUCCUGAAAAUGACGAUGCCUUGGGGGCCUUUGUCUGUCGUGAAGAUGGAGACGCCACAGGAGUCGAACGACGGUCCCAUCUUGUGGAUCCGGCCGGGUGAACAGCUGGUGCCAACUGCCGAUAUAAACAAAAGCCCGUACAAACGACGCAGAACAGGCAUUAACGAAUUGAGAAAUCUCCAAUAUUUGCCGAGAUUGAGCGAGGCGCGCGAGUAUAUGUUCGAGGAUCGCACGAAGGCGCACGCCGAUCACGUCGGUCACGGAUUAGACAGGAUGACCACAGCAGCAGUCGGUGUGCUGAAAGCUGUUCACGGCGGUCAGACGUCUGAUUGCAACAGAAUCACGAAGGACGUCGUAGCCUUCUACGCGGGCGACUUCGCGGAGCUCGUCGAGAAACUCCAGCUGGAUCUCCACGAGCCACCGAUAUCGCAGUGCGUGCAGUGGGUUGAGGACGCGAAGCUGAACCAGUUGCGAAGACAGGGCAUACGCUACGCCAAGAUAAAUCUCUACGACAACGACAUAUAUUUUCUACCGCGCAAUAUCAUUCAUCAGUUCAGAACGGUAUCGGCCGUAGCGAGCAUUGCCUGGCAUAUCAGACUGAAGCAAUAUUAUCCGGAGUCGCAGCACAGUUCGAGCAUCAGACACAGCCGCGUGAUGAACGAAUCUGCUCAUCGUAUCAAAGAGAAAAAAACUCUAGAAUCUGUCGGUGACGAGCAGAAAGAGAACACGAAUCGGCAGCGUUUGGAUCAGAAACUGUCGAUCGAUUUUCUCGAGAAAGCGAAGGAGAGGGCGGCCGAGUAUCAGGGUAAUCUAAAGAAGUCCGAUCAGCAUGGGAAACAUCGCAAGAGUCGUCAUCACUCGAGAUCGCACUCAUCGUUGAAGCGAAAAGUAAAGGAAGAGAACACCGAAAACUCGUCGUCGGACCCAUUCGGUAAAUCGUCCAAGAACGAAAACACCGAGCAGAAGCAAAGCGGCGACAAGAGGGACGAAAAAAGAUCGGAGAAAAAGCACAAGGAUUGUCGCCGCAGCAGCGACAAAUCCAGCAGUCAUCGCACACACAGCAAUAACUCCGACACCUGUCAUUUUUGUAAGAAGAAAAAAUACGACAGCAACGGUCACAAGUUGAGUCAUCACUGCGGUCAUCACGAGAGAUCAAGCAGCAAAAACAUAUCGAGUAAGGAAAGUGUUUCCGCUCUAGUCGAUACGAGAGUGGUUUCCAAGUUCGAUAGUUCGUCUUCCAUGAAGGAGACUAAACGGCAACUGAGCGAUUCGGGACUGUCUCCGUCUGUAGACGCGUCCGAGACCAGAGCUUCCUCUCCGGUUGUCCUUGACGAGCAGGUUCUGAUGCAGCGACAGGCCAUAGCGAAAACGUACGCCACCCAGGUGGUGGACAGGGCGUUGGAGAUAGCCAUCUACAAGUCCAAAACCGACGUCGAUGAGGUUUGUCAGUCGUUGCGCGCCGAGGUUUUGGAAGCGUCGAAGGAGGAGCUGGAGAAAAUUCACAAAGAGAGCUUUGACAUCGCCGAGCAGUACUUCAAGGACGACGUAGCGAAAUUGAAGAAGUACUGCCAUUUGUUAGAAGCAGAGACCGUAAUGGCGUUUUCAUCGAAGAUCGAAUGCGCGACGGAGAACGCCGUCAAGGCUCUCAUCGAGAUGGCAGAAGACGAGGCGAAGGAGAGAGCGAAAAACGAGAAAACCACUAAUCUCGCUACUUCCGAUGGCAAUUCUUCCAACGAAAAUUCAACAGUCACGUCGUCGACGUUGACUACAACGAUGACGGCAACAGCGGCGCUGGCGACGACGACGACGACGACAUCAACAACAACAACAGCAACAGCAACAACAACAACAACGACAACAACAACUACCACCUGCGUCUCCUCGUAUUCUUCUUUGUCCGUGUCCUCUGCGUCCUCGUCUACCGAGAACGAGAGGCACAGCAACAGCAGAAACAGCAGCAGCGAGGAGAAUUGCUCGAAAUCGUUCGAGACUCACUCGAAAUCAAAAUGUACAAAACGACACGACAAAGACGAGAGGGACGACAGCAGAGAGCGGAGACACAAGAAGAAGAAAGAUCACGAAAGAUCACGGGAUCAAAAGCACGGUCGACAUCGCCAUCGGAGUCCCCAGUCUUCGAAAUCAGAUUCCAAGAUGUCUGACCCCAGCAAGGACGAGACACCGAACAUUUCCGGUCUCCCGCACAUGUGUUCCGCCUCGGAGAAAUCUGAACGAGCGAAUUCUAAGGAAGACGAGAAGAAGACGGAUACGAGGAGAACGAAGUGUCACUGUCACAGAUACGGAGAAAAGAGACAGUCCGGCGGCAGUAAUAUCGACAAGGACAGCCGCUCGUCGAGUCACUCAUCGAGCUCGAAACACAAGAGAAAGCACAGUUCGUCUCCUUGCGAGCACACGAAGAAAUUUCAAAAGGAUUCGAGCACGCGAGUUUCCCAAUCGAGCGCGCAGACGAGCAGCACGACAGCAGUGGCGAUAACGACGACCAAAAUCGCAUCAACGACGUCAGCGACAUUGUCGUUACCGACUACGUCGACGACAACGACAAGUUCAACGCACUCAUCGCCGACGAGUACCGCUGCGUCGAACACGUGAAAAGAUGAUCAUCGUUAUCGACGAAUGUAAUAGUACAAUCUGCUUGUUGAAGAGCAUCGAAUCCAAUGUCCGCGCGACGAGAACGAAGUCGUCGUUUGUCUACGGAUUUAUUUAUGUAUCAUCAGACGCGGAGUUUUCGGGGAUGAAACUUCGGCUAAUUGAAGAGAAAGAGAGACGUAUCUCUCUGGAGCGCGCGUUUCGCAUACCGGCGUCUCACGUUAUCGCUUUGUUACCUCAAUGUCAGUGGCGUAGUAAGAAAAAACAGCGCUUGGAGCGGUCUUCUCUUCCCUACAAAGUUGCUUUGAUAAUAACUUACUUCAAUAAUUAACAAAUAUUUUAAUCUAGUAAAAUCAAUCUUUUUAUUUUACGCUUUAUUUUUUUGAUAAAAAAAUAAUUUUUUAUAAAAAGAGAAGCGACGUCUCGAUCGCAAAACAUUUUUUUUUUUUUUUUUAAUGUAUUCACAGUUGUCUGUGUUGGAGACAGUGAAGUUAAAAGCGUGAACUUCAAACAAUAAAAACGCGUUUACAUAUUGCUCUAUUGCUCUAUUGCCCUGUUGAAACGGCGCCCAGGACGGAUUGUCCCCUCCGCCCUCCCCACUUACUACGUCACUGCUCAAUGUUGUAUUCGAGAAUCAGCAAAUUCUAAGUUUUUGCCAAGGUGAUCUUCACGCGGCACACCAUGUCCUAACAAUAUUCUAUCGAUACGUAUCGAAUAUCUAUAGAAUCUGGAUCUGAUAUCCGUUGUGCUCUACAUAGAAAUAGUUUCCUCAGUACUUUGUCUUUGAUUUGACCGAUUCCCACACGUAUCGAACGCCUUUAAUCAUUCUGUCAAUGCCCGGAUGCUCUUCUUUGACCUUCACGAUGAAACAAGUUUUUACGGCAGCGCGCGAAUUUUCUUCUCGCGCCGUCUUCUUCUCUUCCCGAUCUUCAUUCUCGAGGGUGCAAGGAACAGUUUUCCGCGGAGUUUAUCUCAACAUCAGUCUUAUCAGAGUCGCCGUAAACUCGAUUACUGCGCCGUUCAACGCAUUGACAGAAAAGUUAAACAUCUAUCGUGUGUGAAGGAGUGUAUGUUCGAUAGUUACAUUCAAAAUAUCGAUUUUGCCGGUGUGUUAACGCGCCAUCAGCUGUUUGUAGCCUCCCCUUCUCCGCGUCUCACUCCCUUCAUGGUCCAGUGCGAACAGAUUCUCUCUGACGUGGCUGAACGGUCACGGGGAUUUUCAACGAGAGAGGAGAGCGACAACGGAAAGAGAUUGCACAUCACGGAUUGCGUUUGUAUUUUACCAAAGUAGAGAUCGCCGUAUUUCAAAAAUCCAAAGACGAGAGAUAGAAUCUUUACUGACCGAGAGAAUUUGCCUCAAUCCGUUUUUCCUUCCGCGACGUACGUGACACAGAGACAAGCAUUUAAACACACAGGUACACACACAAACACAAAAGUAAAAAGCAAAAAAAAGUUUACUAUGUAACAUGAAGAAAAAAUAAAUACGGUCUUUUUUAGAAAGUACAUGCACACUCGUUCUCACACACACACACACACACCACACCACACCACACACACACAGGAUCGCAAAACUUAUUUUGUUACAAGAGAACUUUGAACGUUCUUUACUUCUCAUUCGCCAAUGAGAAUUAAAAAAAAGUAAAGCUAAUACGUAUAAUAUAGACGACCAAAUGGAAUGGUGUACAAAAGGGGAUUUGUACAAAUUUGUGAUCACGAAAAUUAUAAUCCCAAUUAGCACGUUGGUGCGAUACAUACUUGUACAUAGAGUAAAAUAUUCUUGUUUUUUUUUCUUUUUGAAGAAUCGUAUUUUCAUCUCACGAGAUUCGCUUAAGUUAUUAUUUAUGUGUGUUGUUCUAUAAUAUUAUUUAUGAUUUUUUUUUUUCAUUUUGGUCAUUCGACGAUAAAAACAAUUCGAAAUCCCGUACAUAUUAAAGAGUAGUAGAUCGCUUGAUUUCUCAGUCGACCGAUACCAUGUUCGUUUUCUUAUAAUAGUGUGACUGUGUGAGAAAACUCGUGUUAUACAAUAUCUACUUAUAUUAUUAUUAGAUACGUAGGAUGUCUUAAAGACGAUCGACGAGAUGUAAGAGACGUCUCUUGUACAUAUAUGUCAUAUAUAUAUCUCAUAUGUUUAUAUAUGGUAUAUAUAUGUAUAUAUGUGAGAUAUGUAUGCAAUAUAUAUCAUAUACAUAUAUAUACAAGGAUGUUCCGUAACUAGUGAUACAAUCGGCAAGAUCAGAUUUUUAUGUAAAACCAUGAAAAGUGUAAACUAAUAAUUUUUCACACAAAGAUUCGUCUGAAAUGUUAGUUUUAACGUUCAUAAGUUCAGAGCGUAUAUUUAGCCAACAUGUUUAGACUCCUAAAAAGUUCUCGAGUAAUCAAUUUGUACGUUGUCAAAUCAAAAAAUCAUUAGCUUUGUUUCCCAUAUUUCUCGUUUGUCUUAAAAAUUUGUUUGUUGCGUCGUUAGUUACGGGUCACCCUGUAUAUAUGCGAUAAUUAAGAUACUGAUAAUAAGAUAAGGACAUCCUCUGCACGUGAUUGUGUUUGGUAUCACACGCGUCGCGAAACAAACGCUGUCGGUGACGAUUUUUCAUGAUAUUGCUUAUUAUCUAUCUUGAGAAUUUAUUAUCGAGUAAGUUUACAAUUUAGUUCCUAGUUGACGCGAACAACAAUUUUAAAUAUUACUCACUUCCGAUUGUUUCUUCGCAAAAAACACAUUUUUCGUUUUUUAAGUCAAAGAUAAAGUUGAACUUUACAGAAACUCUGAGUUUUUGUUUCCUUAACAAGAGAGAGCAUUAAAAAAACUCUUCACUUUUGCAAAAGCAAAGAUUUGCAACAUUGCGACAAUUUAAUCACAAACAAUAUCGUUUCUUUUACUUCCUGUAUCUAAAUGUAACAAUAUGUUAAAGUAGUUUUCGGAAACUUAUCAAUUUAAAGAAAAACAAUUUAACGGUGUUAAUUAAAAAGAUUUUACGCACGUAUUAAAAUUGUACCUCGCGAACGACUCGCAGUACGCUCUCCUUACGUUUUCUCACAACACAUUGUACGUUUACAAUAAUAAUGAUCAUAUUUUCCCGUAUUCUUUAUUUCGUAAGAGCCGUAUUCUUUAUUUUAUUAAGUACGAGGAUUUCUCAUAAUACAUGGAGACGUUAGUGAAGAUGUCGUGUCACGCUUUCGUUACGUACAACCUGUGUUCGGAACCGAUUUAUUUGUUGCACAUUUGCGUUAGUUGUCACACGAUUAGUGUUUAGAAACAAACAAUUAAAUUAAAAAAAAGAUUUUCUAGAAACAAACUAAACUUAGAUCAGUUGUGACCACCAGUCUUCGAGAAUAAUAAGUUUCAAUCGUACAUUUUUGCAUUGCAGUGUAUGGUUGGUUUUUCUCAAUAAUAAAUAAGUCAAGCACAAUGUGUGUGAAACAUGAGAUUCUUUCGAACGACUUUCCUCGUAAAACGAGGCGAGAACGAAAAUUUACAGGAAAGAAACGCGCUAUAGAGUGACUGAAAUGUGACUGUAAUGAGAUAACGAAAGUAUAC